ACCAAACAUUUCCCAUUAAUCCUUCUUCAUCUUCCUCUUCUUCCUCCUCAUCGAAUGGAUCCCAAUUUUCAGUUCUCGGCUUCGUCGUCCUCGGCCGCCAAGAUCGAACGACGAAUCAUAGAGAAAAACAGAAGAAAUCAGAUGAAAAACCUCUGUUCUCAGCUCAAUUCCCUCCUCCCAAAUCAUGAUUCCAAGGAUAUUUCACUGCCAUUGCCUGAUCAGAUUGAUGAAGCAAUUAAGUACAUAAAAGAGCUGGAGAAGAAAGUGAGUUCAGCUAAAGAAAAGAAGAAUCAACUACAGGGGAAAAAUAAGAGCUCCAUAAACAUGGAUUCCUCUUCUUCUUCUUCAUCAGCAUCUCCUCAGCUUAACAUCCACCAAAUGGGUAAAAGUGUAGAGAUAGUUUUAAGCAGUGGAUUGGAUAAUCAGUAUCUCUUCUGUGAAACUCUUCGCAUUCUUCAAGAAGAAGGCACUGAAGUUAUCAAUGCAAGCUUCUCUGUUUCUGGGAACUCUGUUUUUCACACCAUCCAUGCACAACUCGGGGAUUCGAUGGUGGAAUUCGGAGUGACGAAAGCAACGGAAAGAUUGAAGAGAUUGGUUUAUGGAUCGAACAGUGACGUCGAAGUGCAAAAAGAGAAGCAAUGGUGGGAUGAAUUUCCAUGUGAGAAUUGGGAUUUAUAAGUAAGCAGCUAAAUGGAAGUGUUCUAAAUAAGUUUUAACAUACAUACAAGGAAGGAAAAAACAAAAGUACUAAAAUGAAAAUAAAAGAAAAAGUAUUUGUCCUUACAGUGUGUUGGUUCCAAAUGUUGUGGAACUUUACAACAAAGCAAAUUCUCUGGUUUAAAAUAAAAGAGUCAAAUCUGCAGUGUAUUUUUUUUCUUUAGUUUAUUUUGGUUACUGAAUUUUCAAAAUAUUUAUUUUAA